GAUAAGACAAAACCGCUUGAUAAAUAGUGAACGGAAUUGCGUGGAGGUCAACAUCGAAAACCAAGCAUUUCCCUAAAAUACGCUAUGGAAGAGAAAACAUAUGUGGAAGGAUUUCAUGAUAAGGAUGCCGUGAAAAAAGUUCAAUACAAUGAUCUUGGUAAGACAGGCCUAAGGGUAUCACAGUUGGGUAUAGGCACGUCAUCGCUCGGUAACUGCUACGAGGUGGUGGGGGAGGCAGCGGACGUUGAGAUGGUCGUGGAGGGGGUGAGGUUGGGACUGAACUACGUGGACACGGCGCCGUGGUACGGUAAUAGGAAGAGUGAACAAGUUCUGGGCAAGGCGCUUUUGCACGUCCUGCGCAAAGCUUAUUACAUCGCCACCAAGGUCGGACGAUACGAACCAAACUUUGAAAAAAUGUUCGAUUUCUCUGCCGCCAAAACCAUAGAAAGCGUCGACCAAAGCUUGCAGUUGCUGGGUCUCGAAUACGUCGAUGUGAUUCAAGUCCACGACGUUGAAUUCGCUGAUGACAUAAACCAAGUCAUCCUAGAAACUCUCCCAGCUUUGGAAAAAGUUAGGCAGCAAGGGAAAGCGCGGUUCAUCGGGAUCACGAGCUACUGCCCCGACGUGCUACAGUACGUGCUUGAUAAUUCCUCGGUGAAAAUAGACACGGUUCUGAACUACGCCAGGAGCUCCCUCCUCGACAAAUCCCUGCAAGAAUACAUUCCUCGUUUCCAAAGUGCAGGUGUGGGCAUAAUCAACGCCUCCAUCACGAGCAUGGGGCUGCUGAGUUCCAGAGGCCCUCAGUCUUGGCACCCUGCGGGGUACGACAUCCAGAGGGCGUGCGAGGCGGCACGUGCUUUGUGCAAGGCAGAAGGUGUGGAGAUCGCAGACUUGGCGCUACAGAGCGCGAUAGCUACACCCUCCAUCAGCUGCCACCUCCUGGGCAGCACUGACGCGCCGAUGCUGAGGGCAUCUCUGGCGGUUGCCCAGAGGCCGGCAACGUCGCGUGAGGCGAGCCUGGGGCGGCGCCUGAACGACGAAUGUUUCAAAAAUCUAAAGCAGAGAGACUGGGGGAUGAGAGACGUCGAGAUUUAUCUGCGAGAGAGACAGCGCGCGUCAUAAUUGCUGUCAGCAAUCAAGAGGGGCUCGUGGUCAACUGGUGAAGGAAACUGAAAAAGAUUGCUCUGAUGAUGUUGUUAACGGAGUUCAAGGAUUAAUAAUUUUCCUUGCAAUAUCGAACAUUUUUAUUUUAAUCGAAAACAUAAUAUUCAUUUUUAAUAACCUCAUUCUAAAAAGAAACA